GUGAACUCGUACGAACAGCGUUCAACAAGUGUUUUCUUGUAGAAAACUGAAAAAUAAAGAGCCGGUGAAAAGUUCCUGUAGUUUUCCGAGUUUUCCUCGCAGCUAAAACCUUUUGUAUCCAUGAACCGGGAAAAACUAAUCGAAGAAAUGCAUAAGAAUAUCUACUACUCGGAUAAAUAUUACGACGAUGAGUACGAAUACAGACAUGUUGUGUUACCAAGGGAACUGGUCAAAUUGGUUCCGAAGACUCAUCUAAUGUCAGAGCAGGAAUGGAGGAGUAUCGGGGUGCAGCAGAGCAAGGGUUGGAUACAUUAUAUGACUCAUACACCUGAACCUCAUAUCCUCCUGUUCAAGCGACCCAUCACCACACCACCUCAAUAAGGAGAUCCACGGAAUCUUGUUUCUUUGUAAAUAUGUUUAUAAACCCACAUGAACAAAAGUAUGAUUUGAUGAGCAGCAUCAUCGAAACAAACUAAAAAAAAACUCUUAUUUUUUUUUUAUUAUUUAGAGAUUUAAGUUUCUGUUUUUUUUUAAUAAUGCUCAAAUUUUGGCCAAAACAUUCCAGAUUUCACACAGUUAUUUACAAAUUCCAAGGGGGGUGGUUCACAUACAUAUUUACUCUUCAGCUUUUUUAUUAUUAGCAUCUUAUUCAUAUUGUUUUUUUUUUAAAUAUAACAAUGCUUCCACUUAACAUAUUUACUAAAGCAUCCCUUAUUAACACAAUUAAAAUCUAGCAAUAGUAUUUGGCCUAAAAUUUGUUCAAUGAAAAAUAUAUAUAUUUUUUUUUAUAAAUAAGCUAUCCUGUUUAAUAUUAGGUAUAUGUAAAGAAAAAAAAUGUUAUUAUCAAAAUACGAACAGUACGUUUUUUUAGAUUUUAUUUCUCCAAAAGAUGCAUCUUUUGCGUUA